GAGUACCAGUCUACAGGUUGCAUCAGACUUGUAAAAGGCCCCUACACGUGAUCACGUCGUAACAGGUCAAGUUAGGUCAGAGGUGAAGGGUCAUCAACAUGGCGGCAAUAUCAUCUGCAAACCGUCUUAUUCAAGCAUUUCGUAGCUUCGUACCCAAUAGUGGAAGGUUGCUGUCUACGUCGUCAUGUUUGAACAAGGGCCCGUCAGGGGCUGAGCCAAUGGACAUACAAACAGUCAUGAAUAAGAAGAAGGAAUCCGCCUAUAUUACACAGGAGGGGCCUGCCGACGUCGGCUCGUGCUCGGGGGUUCCCGAAGAGCACAUCAAGACGCGACACGCGCGCAUCUACGUGCCGGCGCGCAAUGCGAUGCAGUCGGGAAACUUCGCGUCGAACCGCUGGCACGUCGACCUCGACAACCGCGAGCGCUGGGAGAACCCGCUGAUGGGCUGGACGUCGACGGCCGACCCUCUGUCGAACGUGAGGCUCGACUUUGCGUCGGCCGAAGAUGCGGAGGCGUUCUGCGAGAGGAACGGAUGGGAGCACCACGUCGAACAGCCGAAGAAGUCGGCGCCGACGUUCAAGUCGUACGGAGCGAACUUCUCGUACAACAAGCGAACGAGGGUGUCGUCGAAGUGAUCGUGGUUGCCGCUCGGGCUGUAGGUCGAUAGGGGUCACUCGCCGAUUUUAGGCGAGGCCAAAUUCGAUUUAAGUUA